AUGUGGAAUAGGGUUCUGACUAUGAUUGUUUCCUCCGAGACACACCAUGGCACAAAGAAGGCUCCCGAUGUGAGCUGGCAAGACUACUUUGAGGAAGGAUUGGGAAAAAAGAUAGAUGAGGUACCGAUGACAUUCCAACUCAAACAGCUCAAGUUUGAGGAUGCAGUUGUGGCCCUGUCAACACACAUCGCAUUGCUGCGGAAAGAACUGGAAAAAGUUGAGAAACAGGUGAAGACUCUGUCGGACCGACUGGACAAGAAGCAGCAGGCUGUGAAGAGGCGAGAUGAAAAGGUGAAAAAGAAAGCGGAGAAAGUGGUGAAAGCUGUGAACGAAGGCAAUGAACUUGGCACUACUCAGAAGCAAAAGAAGAGACGUCGGCAGCUAUACCAUGCCAAGAAGCUUUGGAGGGGCAAAACCACCGUUUGCCGUCGUCCUCGCCACCGCACCAAGACCAAGGACCCAAACGGCUUUAGUAGCCCUCUCCAGGAGCCACGUAAAGUCAUCACCCUGGAUCAGAAGCUCCAGGCCGUUGCAUACUUCAAGCAACUGAAGGCUGAGAAGGCGGCAGCCAAAGAGUCUCUGCUGGAACCUCGCCCAGCCACCAUGACCAGGGCUGAAUUGAAAGCACGGAAGGAGAAGCGUGAGAAGCUGAGGGGUGUUGCGCGCCGCAACAUACAAGCCGCGGUCAGGGACAAGUUCAAACAAUUCCUCUCACAGGGAAGUCAAGUACUCAAGUGGGAAAGGGUUGCAGAAAAAGAGGCUUGGGAGGAGAUUCCUGCUAUGGUGCGUUCCAGGCUUACGUGCACUACCAACUCUUGGCGUGAAAAGCUUGGUCUUCCUCGCAAAGGCAAACCACUGGGAGGGAAAAUUCCUAUCACUUUGCAGAAGGAGCUCGAUAUGCUGAUGAUGGAAAUGUCUAUGGGGUCUUCCUCCGUGUCUGUCAGAAAAGAGAUGGUCACAGCAGAGGCCGUUGUGGCAUCAUCAGUGGUUUCUUGGGACAAGAUCAUCCAGAUGUCUGUGGAUGCAUGGCAGAACCUGGCCAAAUCCGUCUUCGAAUCAUCGUGGGUGGUGACUGGCUACUUCGAGCCAGAACACUUCCAGCAGUUUCAUGGGACGGCGGCUGUGCCAACGGCACAGGCAGCAAAGACAGUCUUGGACCCCACAGGGCUUGCGAAGAACGACUACAAGGCAAUCCUAGAAGGAGAUCCCGGAGCAACCUCGGUGAAAGCCAAGAAGCAGAAAGAGAUCCUGUCCAAGCUUGAGCGGACAGACCGCUUUCUGGUGUUCAACCGUAGGACGGGGGAAUUGGCAACCACAGAGUGGGUGAAGAAAUACCUGACAGCAAACCCAGCGACAGGAAAACCGCAGAUGAAGAACGAGAAAAGUACCGCCAAGCCAUGGGUGAUGACUUUGCGCAUUGUCAUCAACCAAGCGCUUGUAGAAGUCUCUCUCAGACCCUAUGAGGCAGCAGAUUUUCGUGCCGUGAGGUGCUACGACAUCCAGAAUGGCCUUCCGCAGAAGCAGCUCACGACUAUCACGCAGGGGUACCAACAUCUCCACCUCCGACCAGGUCCAACGAUUGUGGUGCCGCAGCGUGAGGUGCAAUCUCAUGUGCUUGCGAUUGACCGAUCAUGGCAAGAGGACUUGGAGUUUUGGUCCUCAGACUGGGAGAUGCCCAGCCCGGGUGGCAACCACGUGCGCAUGGUUCGCGUGCGUAAGACCCGUAAUUCCAAAGACUGGACUCCUGGACUGGCCCGUGUACAGUGA